AUGCACAAGUGGCCCUUUCUCGCUGUCUUGCCACCAUUGUGGAAGCUGCCAGCUGAUGCCCACAAGACAUUCAAGAUCAAGAAGUUCCUCGCUAAGAAGCAGAAACAGAACCAACCAAUUCUGCAGUGGACCUGCAUGAAAACUGGCAAUAAGAUCAGAUACAACCCCAAAAGGAGGCACUGGAGGACCACCAAACUGGGCCUGUGA